AUGCCAGGCGGUUCCGCGGAGAGCAGCAAAGCCAGACGAGCCUCAGCGGCAGCCCCUGCGGGCUGGGGGGGCGGGGCGGCCUCCCUCCCUCCCUCCCUCCCCCGGGGCUCCGCCCCCAGGAGGCAGGAGGGGGGAGUCCCGCGGCCGGCCGGCCAGCCAGCUCGCUCCCCCUUCCGCCCCGGGGAGGCGGCGGCGGCGGCUCCUCCCUUGAGAUUCCGGAUAUCCCGCCGCCCCACACAGCAGCGAGACAGCCGCCUCCUAGAGCGGCCAAGGAAGACCGGAAGGCUCGGGGGUCCUCGCGGCGUUGUGGGGGCCGCUCUAGCCGGGCGAAAGGAGGCGAGGCGAGGCGCUGAGCCGGAGGGUGGCGCCAUGACGACGGCGCUGACGCAGGGCCUGGAGCGGGUCCCGGACCAGACGGGCUACCUGGUGAUCUGCGACGGGGCGGUGCUGGCGUCUGCUGGCGACCUGGAGAACGAUGAGCACACGGCAGGGGUGAUCUCGGAGCUGGUGAGCACAGCCUGCGCCUUCCGCCUGCCCCGCUGCCCGGAGGUGCCUUUCCGGCGCAUCUCAGUGGUCUUUGGGGAACACUCUUUUCUGGUCACCAUCUCCGGCCAGAAGCUGUUCGUGGUGAAGAGGCAGAACAAUGUCCGGGAGCCAGUGACCGUCUGACUGCCUCUUGCUGCCGGGAACUGGGGGUGGGCAGCUGGGCAGCAGAGCCGUCUCCUCCUGCCUGCUGUGGGGCAAGCCCCUCUCGCCCCCUGCUUCUGCGUGUGCAUGUAUGGCUCACCUCUGCCCCCCUCCCCAUGUGUGCAGUGGGAUGGGGUUCCAGUGGCUCACUAUCUGUACUGUUGAGGGUUUGGGUGUGAAAGGGGAAGGUGUGAUGUGACACUGGAGGUGUGAUGUGAUCUGGAAUAAAAACUCUAGUUUUC